AUGGCUUCCAAAGGGACCCCGGUCGACAUCUCGGUCGCACUCGCCCCCAAUGACGCUGACAGCAUUCCUCGUCUGGUGAAGGAGCUCCAGGAGGAGGUGGCCUCCCUGGCUACCGGUGGCGAUGAAGCCCGUCAUGAGCUGCUGCUCAAGGCGCGCACCUUGACCCAGGCCCUCGAGACCCCGAGGGAGACCAUGAUCAAGCACUGCUGGGGCCAGCAUAACAUGUACAUCGACGACCAUGACCCGGACGCUGACCUGAUGCAACCUCAGACCGGUGCCCUCGCUGGCCUCAACUUCGGCGUCGACACAGGGCUCUGGAAGCUCAUGGCCGAGAAUGGAGACAAGCCCCAGAAGGUUGCCGACCUCGCGGCCAAGAUCGGUGCCGACCCGGCCCUACUAGCCCGUCUUCUGCGCCAUCUCGGUGCCAUGGGAUACCUGAAGGAGACCGGUGUCAACGAGUACAAGCCCACCAACUUUACCAAGUCCCUGAGCAUCCCCAUCAUCGGCAACGGGUACCUUGCCAUGACGUCUUGCACCGGUGCCGGCCCGCUUCGCUUCCACGAAUACUCGCGCAAGCGUGGGCACAAGAACCCGUCCGACGCCAAGGACACGGCCAUGAUGUACGCCUACAACACCGAGCUCGACAUGUUUGCGUGGCAGCAAUCUCUGGGCUACGGCACGCACUUCAACGACCACAUGGGCGGAUACCGCCAGGGACGCCUCCCCUGGAUGGACCCCAAGUUCUUCCCCGUCAAGGAACGCCUCAUCGACGGAGCCGACACGGCACCCGACGCGCCCUUCCUCGUCGACAUCGGCGGCAGCGUCGGCCACGACCUCGCCCAGUUCAAGCAGUACCACCCGUCGCACCCCGGAAAGCUGAUCCUUCAGGACCUCCCCGUGGUCAUCGGUCAGAUCUCCGACCUGGACCCCACCAUCGAGAGGAUGGGCCACGAUUUCCUCGCUGAGCAGCCGGUCAAGGGCGCCCGCGCUUACUACAUGCACUCCUGCCUGCACGACUGGCCCGAUGAUGUGUGCCAGACCAUCCUCGAGAGGAUCAAGGAGGCCAUGAAGCCCGGAUACAGCAAGCUCCUCAUCAACGAGAACGUCAUCCCCGACCGCGACGCCUGGUGGGAGACCUCCGCCCUAGACAUGGUCAUGCUGACCCUGUUCUGCUCCAAGGAGCGUACCGAGGCCGACUGGUACCACCUCCUCGAGGAGCUUGCCGGUCUCAAGAUCGUCAAGAUCUGGUCCGGUGGCAAGGGCGUCGAGAGUCUGAUUGAGGUCGAGCGCGUCUAG